UGAGGGUAAGAUUCUCGCUCCACGUGGGAAGAGUCUGGAUGUGUGUGUGUUGUUAUCGUGGGAACUUUCAACGAAGGGUUUGAACUUUUAGCGCGUUGCAGUUAUGAGUGCCGGGGCAUCUGCGGCGAUCGGCGAAACGGAGGCACCGGCACGAAGGCUUUGUUUGUCGGAUAGCGAGAAUGAGGACGCUUGGGAGGAGGAGGAGGAGGAGGAUGGUGCCGACGAUCCCAGCGCCGGGAUGGAGAGACCUUCGCAGAGCACUCCCUGCCUUUUCUGCGACAGAUGUUUCAGUUCAGCUGAAGAUAGUUUUUGCCAUUGUACCUCAGACCACGGGUUCAAUAUUGAGAUGAUGGUUCAAAAACAUAGGCUUGACUUCUAUGGCUACAUUAAGCUAGUAAAUUUUAUUAGGCUGCAGAAGCCAGAUGCAGAGUAUGUUAAUUCUCUUAGAUCUCCAUUUCCUUGGAACGAAGAUAACUAUUUGAAGCCUGUAAUAGAAAAUGAUUUAUUACUACAGUUUGAUGUAGAGGACCUUCUUGAUUCUCCCAGUAUCUCCUGUCCUAAUGGAGUAUCUGAGGCGUCAUCUCUCCUUGAAUGCUUGAAAAAUGCUGAGCACAGAACUGGGUUGGCAGAAGCUGCAUUGGCCAGAGCCCAAGAUGAUCUACAGAAAAUGAGGCAAUUUGCGCAGGAUUUGGUGAUGAACACAGAAAUCGGAAGUUGCUCAUCUGCCAGCACGACUGGGAACUUAAAGGAGGAUGAGGAAGAUGUUUACUUCAGCUCAUACGGGCACUUUGGGAUCCACGAAGAAAUGCUAAAGGAUAAAGUGCGUACUGAAAGCUAUCGUGACUUCAUUUAUCUAAACCCGCACAUCUUUAGAGAUAAGAUUGUCCUAGAUGUUGGCUGUGGCACUGGAAUCCUUUCCAUGUUUGCUGCCAAAGCAGGGGCAAAAAAGGUGAUUGGAGUGGAUCAAUCUGAAAUCAUUUAUCAAGCCAUGGACAUCAUUAGGCUCAAUGGACUUGAAGACAGUAUUUAUUUGAUCAAAGGAAGAAUUGAAGAAGUUGAUAUACCUGUUGAAAAAGUUGACGUUAUCAUAUCUGAAUGGAUGGGCUAUUUCCUCCUCUUCGAGUCUAUGCUGGAUUCAGUCAUUUAUGCAAGGCACAAAUAUCUGGCCAAAGGAGGCUCAGUGUAUCCUGACUCCUGUACCAUUAGCCUGGUGGCUGUAAGUGAUAUCGCUAAGCAUACCGAUCAAUUGACUUUCUGGGAUGAUGUAUAUGGCUUCAAUAUGUCCUGCAUGAAAAAGGUGGUAAUGCCUGAAGCGGUUGUGGAAGUCUUAGAUUCGAGGACUCUUAUAUCUGAAGCUUGUAUCAUCAAGCGGAUAGACUGCCAUGUUGUCUCAGUUCCAGAAUUGGAAUUUUCAUCUGAUUUCAUUUUGACGGUCACCAAGACUUCCAUGUGUACGGCAAUUGCUGGAUAUUUUGAUGUAUAUUUUGAGAAGAAUUGUAACAAACAAAUCCUGCUUUCAACUAGUCCCUGUUGUACCAAGACACACUGGAAACAAACAAUGUUUUUUCUGGAAAAACCAAUUUCUGUCGAAGAAGGUGAAGAACUGAAAGGAAGGAUAACAAUUCACAGAAACCGAAAAGAUCUCCGCGCCCUCAUUGUAACACUUUCAAUUAAAAAUGUGAAGCAGACAUACAGUCUACAGUGAACAUUGCCCCACAAUCAUCUUGAGAAGCUUAGUUCAAUUACCAAAUGCUUCUUUUUGAAGCAGAAAAAUCUGGAUAAAAAUUUAAGUUCAUUUGGUUCUACUUCCAAUAACUUUUGUUUUCCUGGACGUAUAGCUGAUUUUAUUUCCUGGACAUAUAAGACAACUGACUGUGCUUGGCAAUCAGCUCAUGCUGUCCUAAGAAAUUAUUUCACUUUGUGUGAGAAACCAUUAGUAGAGUAUGGAGAUUCUCAGUCAUCCAGCUCAUGGUUGUCUCAAAGGUGCUUUUUCAAGGGGCAACUGGUUUUUCUGGUUUUUCUUUGAAGACAUUUCACUUCUCAUCCAAGAAGCUUCAGUCUUCAAAGAAAAACCAUAAAGUCCCGUUGCCUCUUGAAAAAGCACCUUUGGGAGGUUACUAGAGUAGCAAUCCUCUGCCCAGUCUCUGAAUGUUCUGUAAAUGUAAGAAUGCAUUGCUGUAGAAAUACAAUGCAGAUCUACAUCUAGAAGUGACUUCGCUUGUACAAUGAUUUUUUGGGGGGGGAGGGGGGAAGAGUUCAUAUUAUUAGAUGGGAACCAGAAUUUAUUGUGAUGGAAUCUCCUGGAGUUUUCUUCACGGUAGGGGUAAGGCAAGCUUUGUCCGUCACCCCUGCAGACCGCCUUAUCACCACUUCCACUCUUCCGGAGAGUCUUCAGAACAGAUUUUUGAGAAUCUUUAGGACCUCCUGGCAGUUGAAUUCAUCCUCUGGUUCAAAAUCUUUAACUUUGCAAGAAUCAAGAGUCUUUAUGUCUGCAGGAAGCAAGGCCUAGUUUCAAGAUAAUCAUGAAAAUACUGAAGACAUGCAAAUAGAGCUAUGUGGAUGUCUGACCAUUUGGAUUUGAUUAGCUUCAACGAUGCAUUGGCAAGAAUUAGGCUUUUGUACACAUUAUUUUUAUAAACAUAGUUUCAAAAUAAAUUUAUUUCUUGGUCUUUGGAUUUCAAAUGGACAUACGAUAUUAGAUUGUAAUAUCUUUCAAAUAUUAAAAAUGGAAUACAAAAAUUUGCUGUUAUUAAAAUCACCAUUCACUUGAGUCUCAUCUUUAUCUAGAGGGCAUUCCAGAUCACUAACAAGGCACAGGAACAAAAGGAUCUGGUGCCAGGGUAGACUACUGCAAUGUACCAUGUAUGGGGCUGCUUUUGUGAACUAUUUAGUAACGAUAGGUGCAAAAUGCAGCUGCCCACAUGCUGGCAUCUAAAAAUUGCAUCAGCCUUGUUAUACCGAUAUAGUGGAUGUUGCAGUAGUUGCCAAUAGAUUUAUGGUUACAAUUCUAUAUUUUGGUUCUGUUUUUAAAAGUCUUAUAUGGCUUGAUUCUUAGCUACCUUUAGAAUCACCUUCUCCAGGUAAGACUGGUGCAGUCAUUGAAGUUGGGGUGGUAAUUUAUCCCCAAAUGGGAUAAAUUAGUGUGGGCUAACCAGAGAGUUAUGGAAUAGCAUCCCUCAGAGAUUAGAUUGGUACAGACGUUGAUUUUCUGCAGAACAGUAAUUCUGUAGAAUUCUGUAGGGUCUUGGGACUUCAGGCUAUCUAUGCUGGAGCCCAUGAUUGGUGUAUUAAAGCAUAAUAUCACUUUUUUAUUUUUAUGGAUGAUCCCAGUUAACAGACAUAUUCUUGCAGAAAGUACAAUUUGGUAAACUUCAAAGAACUGUUAUAAUCGUUAUCCUACAGUCAGUUUCUGCAAUAAGCGAGAUUUACCAUUACUGUGACUUGUAAGAGGAAUGUUCUAUUACACUUUAAAAGCCCUUUUCUAUUCACAAUUGGAUUGAAGCCUGAAAAAAAGGGAGUGGACAGAAAUCUAUAGUGGCUUGGAAAGCUUUUCUAAGGAGGGUGAAUGGAGGAGAAAUGUGCCAAAGCGAUUAAAGGAGAUUCCCUCAAAAUAAAAUAUUGGCCUUCCUCCCCAGCCAAAUUUCUAUUAGAAAAAAGCAUCUAGGAAAUGAUUUUUUUUAUUAGAACCAACCAUCAUUGGAAUGUAUAUGCAGGAGCCUUCAAUUGUCUGGCCCUGCCCUCUCGGGACAUUCAGCCUCCGUAAGAAUUUCUUCUUAGUUUCAUAGAUCAUUUUAGAUCACUAGUCUGGCACCAUUAAGCACAUUAACUCUGACUUUGCCUUGUGUCAAAUGUUUUGCAAUAAAAAGCUUUAAAGAUUGAAAUUUA